AUGUCUGAUCGUCCUGCUGCCCUCGAGGGUGACGACCUUGUUCCCACCAACGACGUUCUCCCCGACACCAGUCUUCCCAACACUAACCCUCUCGGAAUUCAGACAGUCACUGCCCCAGCACUCAACUCCUCCCAGCCUGGAGACAGCAACAUAGACCCCUUUUACGCCAACCUUCCCCUAGGUCUUCAGCCUUCAGCUGCUCGCCCUUGUGACGAUGCCCCUCCUGGAUAUGUCCGCCUUCUUGGCGGAUUCAUGUGUCCUGUUGAUCCUGUUGAUCCUGUUGAUCCCGAGGAAGACGAUGACACUGAGACUAGUGUGUAUUACAUCCCAGCUGGUAUUCUCGAUGACGAUGAUGAGUUUCCCGGUGAGACCACUGAGGAUGAUGUCGAGUCAGAGCAUAUCACUUCUCCCAACGCUGCUCAGCGUCCUAUGCUGCAUCUUCGUGAUGUUAGCACCCCUACAGCUUCACCAUUUCAGGGCUACAGCUCUCUAUACCAGGGUAACAACUCAUUUCCCUUCCAGUCCGUCGGCCCUGAGCAUCUCCAGCCCAUUGACCUCCAGGCUCGACUUCGUAUGGCACCUCAUCAUGCGAUGAAUCCCCCCAGCGCUGGCUUUGUUCAGCCCAUUGUCCCAUAUCAUCCCACGCCUAUUGUGUCUGGUUUCCUUGAGCCUAUUGGUCCACCCCCAGCUCAGUCUAUGGUCUACUACCAUACUGAGUCUGACCAGCCGAAUGCCCAGGCUCUUGGCCCUCAACCCAACCAACCUAUGGUCGCUUACCAUGUUGAGCCGAACCCCAACUCCCCCCAGCCUUCUUCUCCCCAUGAUCCACAGGCUGUUGCUGUCUAUCACCCUCAGCGAAUCGGAUCCCUGGGCGAGAUGCUUAGUCUUUCUCCCAAGGAGAUUCCCACCCCAACUCCCCCUCGUCGUCGUCGAUCGACGAUCACAUUCAACCCCGAGGCAACGGAGUUCACCCCGAGCCCAACUGGUGCUCACAUGGCCAGCGGUAGGGUGACUGAGUCCGCACUUAGCCCUACCCCUACUGGCAUGACUACUUAUGAGGCAACUGAGUUCACUUAUGACCCUACCAACUAUGGCAUGAUCCCCUACGAAGAAGUUGGUGUUGAAGGUUUCGUUGCACAGGGUGCUAAUGUUGAAGCUUCUAUGGCAGAAAUUCUACAGGAUACCUGGAAAGAGAUUAUGUCUAUUGAUGAUGAGCGUGAUCGUGAAGACGCGGUCAACGAUUUUUACAUCAUGCAGGCCCGCCCCUGGACUGAUGAGGACACUCGUCGCGAAAAGGAGGAGAAGGCGCUCGAGGAGCGUAAGCGACUAUUCGCCCGCAAGAAGUAG